AUGUCCAACAUCUUCCUGUAAGUUCAGUAAACACCUUAUUCAGUACUUUUGACGAGAAUUUGCUAACAUGUGUAAAAGUACAGCUGCCACUGGCUACAUCGGCGGAUCCGUAUUGGAUACUCUUGUAAAAUGCCACAGCGAGUAUCACAUCACGGUUCUCCUCCGUACUGUGCCAGAAGGCUUCACUGAACGCUAUCCUAAUGUCAAUAUUGUGAUUGGGUCUUUCAAUGAUGUGGACCUCAUCGCUAACACUGCUGCUCAAAACAACAUUGUGAUUCGUAAUCUGCAUCUAUGAAUACCCUCACCUAUAAAAUAUGAUAUUAACAUGUAUAACAGAUGGUGGUAAAACCAAACACGUCGGCAGCUUGAAUGCCCACAUAGAAGGGCUCUUAAGACGUCCAGGUCCAUCGUUCCUCAUUCGACUCGGAGGCACGGGACUCAUUGCAGACUGGCAAGAUGGCAGCAACUACGGAGAAAUGAAUCCUAAGGUCUGGUCCGAUAUCAAUGAUAUAGACGAGAUUACUUCCCUUCCCGACGAUUAUCUGCACCGUAACAUGGAUAAAAUUGUGCAAGCUGCCGCACAUCGACAUGGCGACAAACUCAAAUGUGCGAUUAUUUGUCCUCCAGGGAUCUAUGGACCGGGAAGAGGAAUGGUGAGAAAGCAGAGCCUGUUCAUUCCCGAGAUGGGGAGAGAAAUCCUGAAGUUAGGGAGUCCGUAUUAUACGCAGUCCGGCGAGAACAGAAGAGCGUGGGUUCAUAUUGAUGAUCUCAUGGAACUUUACAAUGCUAUUGUCGAAGCCGCUGUUGCGGGUGGCGGAAAUGCCGUCUGGGGGAGAGAAGUAAAUAAACCCAGCAAUGAUAAAAUUCUAUUAUACUAACACAUACAAAUUAGGGUUACUACUUUGCAGCAACUCAAGAAGCAACUCAAAAGGAGAUGGCGAGAUUUGCUGGGAAGAUUCUGAAGUCUCAUGGACUCAUCAAAACAGAGGAGCCGGUACAAUUGAGUUUAGAGACCAUCACUGAGAUGCGGGAUGGCUCGGAUUGGCAUUACAUGGGUCUUUAUACAUGGGGGUCAAAUACCAGAUGUACGGCUGAUCGAGCAAAGAAGUAUUUGGGUUAUGAGUCAAAAGCACCUACGCUUUGGGAGACGAUGGAGGGCGAUUUACUGUUUGAGGUUGAGCGAUUGGCUAGGGUUAAAAGCGGAGAGUGA